UACAAUACUAGCUAAUAAUUGAAUUAAAACAGUCAAUUAGAAAGACCACGAAAUUAUUGGUUGAACCUAACCUCAAAUAUUUGACAGACAGAAUGUUUAUUCGUAAAGCUUUCGUUGUUUUGUUCGUGAAAAAGAGGCCUCGAGGUGAUCGGUGAAAUGGGUGGAAACAAUAACUUGAAUUCAUGCCUAAUCAGAGAGGACAAUAAUGACUUAUUAACCCAGUUUUUACAUGCCUGCAUCAGUGAAGUUUGUGGCUCUUCAGCACCCGAAUAUUCUCAUUUCUCGAAAAUGGGAUGGCCUGAAGAUGAAUUCAAUUACACCCAUAAGAUACUCCUGACAUUGUUCAAUAAACCAGCUGUCCUGCAUCUCGAUGAUGCCAAGAUGCCCCAGGAGUUCUUCCAUAUGCCGGAGAACGUUCAGACUCUAAUCCUGAGCUGUCUAAAAAUCCGAAGGGAACAGUUAUGGAGAACUUUGGCAUUCAAUCAUUCCCAGAACCAGACUUCCACAAUGAUAGACUUCGAUUGGAGACUAAAAGUAAUUAUUUGCAUGGUGAUGGGAUCCAGCAAAGUCUCUUCCCUGAAGGAACCUCUGCUUCAGUUGGAUCUCAGGGUAAAAGAAAAGGGUGAGGAAGACAUUUUGGGGAUCGAGAUGAAUCGAGGGGAGCUGGAUUCCUUUAUAAAGACUCUCGAAGCUGCUAAUGCAGCAUUGAACUGAUAUUUCCACUCAACAAUACUUGAAUGUGAUACUAUGAAGAGAAAUUGUGAGAUUUUCAUUGAAAAUUGAGAGAAAGUGAAGUGUGAGAGGUUUAUUUAAAUGCAGUAAAAUUUAUUGGCAUCAAAUAAAUGAAUUUGGAAUAUAAAAAAUGUGUUGUUGUUCCAGUUGAAUGAAGUAUUUACGAAUUUGAAAUGGACUCGAAAUAAAAAGGGAUUGAUUUUCAUAAAAUUAUCAGUUUUUUCUGUUUUUUUAAACAAUGAGUUCAGUUUUGGCGAAUUAAUUUCCCCAGGAGUUUCCCGAAAAAUAAAUAAAAACGUCAUUGUACACUUGUUUCACAGUUUAUUAUAGGAUAUAGAUAAAUGUAGAAUAGUUACUAUCAUAACUGCUGAUCGAAGAUACUGAAGACUGGGUACUUUCACGCCCAGGGUGUCUCCACCCCUCGAACUGAAUGAAAUAGAAGGAGAAAAUGCAAAUAAAAUUAAAGAAAAAACAUCAGCUCGUGCGAUAGACCCAGACAAAUGAAUCAAUCAUUGAAUUAUUGAAAAAUAAAAAUGGAAUUAUUAACGAAAUGGAGACACCCCAAACGGCUGAUAGACGAUGGUACACAGCCACCUCAGGUCCAUCAUAAUUUUUUUCAUUUUUGUUUUUUUAAUUAAAAAAGUUUUAUCCAUCUCGUUGAAGAUAAUUCCUCAAACGAAACAUCGAAUUUUCCAUCACUUUUUUUUCUCAUUUCAUUUUUCCAUUUUUCGUUGUAAAUAUCAUUACGGACAAUAUUUAAUUAAACUCCAUAUAGUUAGAUUUUACUAUACACUUUUUUCCUCAUUUUUUUUUCAUCCCUUCUCCCCUCCUCCCCCUUCUCCCCUUAUCAUUAUCAUCAUUCAUUUUUAAUUUAUCAUUUUUUUUAUUCGUUAAAUUAAAUCCAUUAAAAUCAAUGCAAAUGCGAGUGAAUCGCUCACUUGAUAUCGUUAAAAAAAAGAAGAAUUAUGAAAAGAAGACUCUAACACUUAGAAAUAUUUUCCGAUGUGAGGCAUAUACAUAUAUGCGUUAUCUAAGCUACGGCCCUUAUCAACAAAAUUCGUUUGUAGGCAAUUAUUUUUUAAUUAUUUUUUAUCUCCUCCUAUUAUUUUUUUCUCUCAUGAAGAUUCGUAUAAACGUAGAAACAUCGUAGUAAAAACGUUGAAAAAUGUAUUAUUCAUUUAGGUUUUUUUUUUGUAUUUUCGGGGGGAUGGUAAAUAUUGUGCGGGUCUCGUUACUUUAAUUUAAUCGAUUUUUUUGACAUUUUCAUUUGUUACGUUUAAUUAGGCGAUAGUUUGGGGUUUUUUUUCCCACUUGUUGUUUUCUUCGUUUCAUUUAUUUUGUUAAAAUGAUUAUCAUAAAAUUACGAUAGGCUUUCGUCGUUGGGUAAAGUGUCUUUUUCGUUAAGAGUAGCCCCUCGAACGUCGAAUUUACACAUACGAUUUUUUAACUUCGUUUUUUUUUCAUUCUACGUCUAGAUUAUAUAUCACUUACGUUGGCUCUUACUGUAAUCGUAUGUUUUGUUUCGUAAAUUGUUUUUUUUUCUCGUAUCUGUGUGCGUGCAUUCGCAUUGUGGAAGUGCGUAGCUUGGCAAUUAACGCAUUGAAGGAAAUUAAUAAAAUUGAAGAAAAUGAAGGGAGAAUUUCAAGUGUUGGGUUGGUAGGGAAGUAGAGAAGGAGAUCUUUCUCGGCAGAUAACUCUGAAAGGAUGAGCUCUACGAGAAAAUGACAAUAGACACUUCCUUCGGAACUUUUAAUUCCCGUCAAAAAGUGUCUCUUGACAUUUUCCCGUAAGCCCAACGGCUUCAGAGAUAUUGACGAAAUUGUGGGAUGCAGAUUUUCUUGAGGAGUUUCACCUGAUUCAUGGAGGCUGCAAUUUAUUUCGCCAUUUGCUUUUGAAGGGUGUUAUUCAGGUGAUAACAGCGAAAUAAUGGAAACACUUUUUUACUAAUCUCCUUCAACCAUCUCUACGUAAUUAAAAAUUUAAAAACAGAAGUUAUCAGAUCGAAUGUCCAUUCCACGAGCACGAAAAAAUAAUAAUUAAUGCAGUGUGUCACGUAUUGGCUCAGUACCCUUCAUUAAUCAAUCAUCAAUCGAUAAUUGUCUCACUCAGUCUCUCACACACAUUUAUUUUCUUACUUACAAAAAAAAUUUUUUCACUCACGCCCUUAGUCCUCAUCUCCUCCUUACACUCUCGAUCAUUAUUCGUGACAAUUAUUGAUGCCAAGGGUACGUAAUUUACUCGCUCGUAUUCACCUUAUUAUUCUUAUGAGUAUUUUUUUCUUUUUUACGAGGUAAAUACGAUGAUUUAAGCCAAUUGAACAGAACACACAAUCAGCUCUUUCAAUUAAUUAAUUCUUUCGCCCACGAAUUUUGUCGCUCGUCUCACUGCUACAUUAAUAAUUUUUUUCCCCAUUAGAAUUAUCUUAGUAACAAUUAAUGACACUUUUUAAAUUUCUACAUAAUUUUUUUUUCUUUUAAAACUGCAGGGAUCGAUCAUUGGCGGCGAUCAAUCGGUGUUAUUCGUGGCUUCAAUUUCAGUCAAUCGAUUAGAGAACUGUUGACUCGGAAAUUACCUCAUCGCCUGCUGUAUUUUUUUUUGCCUAUCCAUUUUUUAUUUCUUUCAAUCGUUUGAAUUCUAGUGAAGUUUGCAUCUAAGUUUAUUUCGAAGUUUCGUUAAUUGUUUAAAAAACAAAAUGACAAGAUGUCUUUUACAGAGAGCCCAGUCACCUGUAAAAUAAAUCUCUUGCCGCUUGUUUUUCCUAAUCUCAAAUUGAUUG